ACACGUAAUUGUUAUCAGUGUAUCGUAUUUACCAACCGGACCAGUAAUCUUAUUGAAUACAAAAGUGGUUUUUGUCACAAUACAGAGGAUUUCCGAAAGCUCUGUAGCACAAUUACAGGCGACACACAACUUCACUCACUCGUACGAGUUCCCAGUGUGCCUGUACCAUGUCCGUUUCAAGGUAGUUACUUCUUCCGCUACAUGAACGGAAGUGUGAACUGCAGCAAACCGUUUUCGCAGAUGCGAGAAUGUGCAGAUAACUCGCGAUUUAAAUUCCAUUUUAGAAAAUGUAAUGGAAAUCCGGAAACAACAGAAAAAGUGCUUGACUUCCAGUGCUUAGCAACCUGGAACAAUGGAGAUAAAAUGUUAUAUGGAAAGUUUACCGGAGAUUCAUUGAGUGCUGAUCAAAACAUGUAUCGUUGUAUGAUACAUGAUUUCUACGCAAGCGAAGGCUUAUUAGCAAUGUCAAUCGAUGCCAGUUGUCAAGGCCCGCAGUCGCCUCAAGUUGGACCAUUUACUAUGGAGUUACAGCGAAAUAACGAAGCUACAAAAGCUUACAGACAAAGACAACCGUGCCGGUUCCUCGAAGAAUUUGCUAGCAUCCAUAAAUGGAAGGAUUUGACUGGACGUUAUAUUAUUGAAGUGGAAGACAACAUGAACGUCUUCCGAAUUAAGGAUAACAUUCAUGGACUUAGCGAGGUACCGCGGGACUGUAGCCACGGUCCAAAAGCUUUCCCAUAUGAAGUUCGAAGGUCAGAAAUUCGACUGGUUUCACGUUGUGUAUCACUUAAGGAGGGGACAAAAAAUAUAUUCCUCACUUAUACUACCAACGAUUCUUGGUAAGUUUGUCUUAUUAUC